AUGGAAGUAACAAAUAACGGUAGUAAUAAUAGUUCAACCAUUGCUUCCACCAAUCCACCCACUUCUCCAUCAACCACUUCUACAAGUAAAUCACUACCACCUUUAUCAUUUUUAAAUUCUCAAUGGGAAAAUAAACAGUCUAAUAAUAAUAAUAAUAGUAAUAAUAAUAAUAUUAAUAAUAAUAAUAAUAAUAAUAAUAAUAAUAAUAAUAAUAAUAAUAAUAAUAAUAAUAAUAAUAAUAAUAGUGUUAAAAUGGAAAAAUUAAUUGAACUACCAUCAUCCUCAAAUAAUUCACCAGAAUUUUUAAAUGGUGUAAAUAAUAAUAAUAAUGGUAAUAAUAAUAAUAAUAAUAAUAAUAAUAAUAAUAAUAAUAAUAAUAAUAAUAAUAAUAAUAAUAAUAAUAAUAAUAAUAAUAAUAAUAAUAAUAAUAAUAAUAAUAAUAGUGGUAGUGGUGGUAAUAAUUCAAAUAAUAAUAGUAAUAUAUCAUCACCACCAUCUUCUUCAUCUACAUCCACAUCAGUUUUGUCAUCAAGCCAAUCAGCAUAUAUGAAUGAUAAGAUGGUAGCGGCCACAUUGGAUAGUAUAGGUAAAAUGGAAUCAAUUCAAAGAAAGUAUGAAAUGCAAAUUGAAUCCUUAAUGGAUCAAAUUCAAGGUUACAUUGAAAAAGAACAAAAAUUAAGAUCUCAAUGUCAAGCUGUUGAAGAUAUAAAUGCAAAAUUAGAAAAUGAAAAUUUACAAUUAAAAAAAGAAUUAUUUGAAAUGAGUCGAAAAUUUAAAGAAAUUGAUAUAAUAAAUUUAAAUAAUACUAAUAAUAAUAUAAACAAUAAUAAUAAUAAUAAUAAUAAUAAUAAUAAUAAUAAUAAUAAUAAUAGUAUAAAUAAUAAUAAUAAUAAUGGUUUUUCCCCUCCACCAUUAGUUAAAUAUCCAUCAAAUGGAAGUUUACAACAAGACGCAAAACGAUUUAAAAUUAUGGAACAACAAUCCCAACAACAACAACAAAUGCAACAACAACAACAAAUACAACAACAAAAACAAUACCAACAACAGCAACAACAAACAACAUCAAAAAGAAAGAAUAAUAUAUCUAUUGAUGGCGAUAAAGAGGCAUUAGUAGCUGAAGCAUUAGGAUCAUUUGUCGACUAUGCCAAACCAUCACUUAAAAGAUCGAAUAGCGAGGAAGUAUUUAAUUCAUCAGUGUACAAAAAUAAAAAUAAUAUAAAUAACAUAAAUAAUAAUAGUAAUAGUAAUAACAAUAAUGGUAAUAAUAGUUUAUUAAAUGAUAUUCAGAAUUGGCAGCAACAACAGCAGCAACAACAACAACUUUUACAUCAAAGAAAGAAAAGAAAAGAUUAUGACUAUGAUUACAAUUCUACACAAAAUGGAAAGGGUAUUCCUUCAAAUAGUAGUAACAAUAAUAGUAGUAACAAUAAUAGUAACAAUAAUAAUAACAAUAAUAGUAAUAAUAAUAAUAAUAUUAUAGGGUCAAUUUCUCCACCACAUUCAUCACAAUUACAACAAGUUUCAAGUCCACAGCAACAGCAACAACAACAAAAACCUAAUGGUCUUAAACUAUCAAUAUCAUCAGGUUCAAUUAAAGAUUUAAUAAAUUCACCAAAUAAAGAACAAUCAUCGAAAUCACAAUAUCCAUCAUCAUUAUCACAAUCAUCAUCUAUACCCGAUAUGGAUACUGAUGUUGAUAGUACUGAUGAAUUUGAUUUUGGUAGUAAUAGUAAUAAUAAUAACAAUAAUAAUAAUAAUAAUAAUAAUAAUAAUAAUAGUAAUAAUAGUAACAAUAAAAAGAGAAAUAAUAGCAAUAAUAAUAAUUUAGGUGGUGAUGAUGAUGAUUCACCAGAUAGUAAUGAUAGAAAUGGAUCAUCAUCACCAAUUGAUAUGGAACCAUCAUAUGAUGGUGCAAAUUUAUUUAAAACAGUUACACCAGGUACAAUAACUACACCACAAGAAGAAUUAUUAAAUGAAAUUCAUUCACUUCAAAUGCAACAAAGAGAAACCAUUGAAAAAAUGUAUAUAGCACAAAAACAAUUUUUAUCAGAUAGAUCAAAUGGAUUUAAUAAUAACAAUGAAGAAAUAUUAAGAUCACUUCAAUCGGAUCAAACAAAACUUGGUUCAACAUUGGAAUCAGAACUACAAGCAUUGAAUCAAUUGUAUAGUCAAACUAUUUUAGAACCAAAUCAACUUUGUAAAUUGGAUAUUUUAUUACAAGAUGUUUCAAUUCAAUUGAAACAACUUCAUCUCUAUCAAAUGGAAUUAAACUAUGGUUAUGGAUCGAAUGAACCAUUCCCAGCAACGCUGGUAAUCAUUAAACAACCAUUCCCAAUGGUAAUUAGUAAAUUUAAACAAUUACAAGAGGAUCAUCUUUGUGUUCAAUUAUUGACAGGUGCAAAUGUUGAAAUUGUUUCUUAUUCACCGAUUAGAGCAGAGUUGGUAUUUCAUUCAAAGAAUUUAACAAAGGGUUCAAGUAAUUUGGGUACUCAAAAUUCGUUAAAGAAAAACAUUGAAAAGGAUACCCAAGUUUUGGAUCCAAUUAAAGGUGUCGCUAAAUUCCCAAUUAAAUUUUUAACAGGCACUCGAAAAAGUUGUGUAAAGCUACAUUUUGUAUUACAAAUUAAAACAUCCGAUGGUCAUAUAAUCAAUGUUCCAAGUAGUACCUCUCAACCAUUCAUAGUUAUCACCAACGAUUGUCAAUGGGAGGGCUCUGAAGGCACCCUCUUGAAAAAGGAGACCUUUAAUGAAAAGUUUGAAAUCUCUUGGCCACAUUUUGUAAAUAUCCUUCAAAAACACUUUCUAAAGGCAACUAAACAAUCACCAAUUCAACCAACUCGUCCUUUAUCAAUGUAUGAUUUCACCUAUCUUUCAAACACAUUUUUCGGUGGUAAACCAUUUGUUUCUCACAAGGAUUUCGAUUCGUUUUGGUCUUGGUUUGGUAAAUCCAUUCAAACUCUACGUUACAAAAGACACAUUUCAACACUUUGGCAAAAUGGUUUCAUUUUUAUGUUUUUAAAAAGAGAUGUUGUAACUCAAAUCUUAAAGAAUCAAGAUGUUGGUACUUUUGUUAUUCUCUUUUCUGAAGCUUUCCCUGGUCAAUUGGAAAUUUCAUAUGUUGGUACUGAUCAAAAAGAUUCACUUUCAAAGAGUUCUAAUGAUUUACAAUCUCCAACCACAACCACAACAACAACAACUUCAACUAGAGUUAAACAUUAUUUAGUUCAAGCAAAUGAUACUUCUGGUUCAAAAAGAACUUUACCCGAUUUUUUAAGUGAAUGUAAUCAAUUUACUCAUAUUUUACAAUUAAACAUAGCAAUGAUCCCUCAAACUGAAACUAUUCCAGUAUUUAAACGAGAACCUAAAAAUGUUGUAUUGGAACCAUAUUACAGUAAAAGACAAAAUUCCCAAAAUAUACUUGGAAGUGGUUAUGAUCCUUUAUUUUAA